AUGCUUGGACGCCUCGAGAUGAGCGUGGAAGAUUGCAUCACCGAGUACGAGAAGCUCAUGGGUCAAAUAUUCCCCAAACACAUCGUUGAUUCCGCGGUGAGCAACGUGAGCAAGCUUGGCGAUUUCCUCGGGUUACCUGGUUUCGUGAAAUCGGGGGUCCGCCUGAUCUCCUCGCCAUUCGCGAAAACUGCCGGUAAACUGGAAACGGUAGCCCGUGUUAUGUUUACCGGGGGCAAAUGGGAGGCCCGCGAGUUGGAAAGGGUCAUCAAAGACCUGAUUGAGAGAAAGUUGCCCGAGCGAGAGGAAGGUGCUGAUGGAAUUCUCCUUGUCCCAAAGAGCCCUAAUUCCGGGUGCAAAGUGUUCGUCACUGCGGUCAAUAUGGAAAAGGGUAACGUCCAGCCGCCAGUACUACUUCGUUCAUAUGAAAAUCCCCGCGAGAAGUCAGAGCUGCCGGAAAUCAAGAUUUGGCAAGCAGCUCGCGCCACAUCCGCGGCGCCGACGUACUUUGAGCCUCUGACAGUUGAUGGGUACAAAUUCGUCGAUGGAGGCUUGCAGGCCAACAAUCCUUUGGGAUGGCUCUGGAAUGAGGUCAUCACCACCUUUGGAGCGGAGCGCGCAACAGCCUGCUUCCUGAGUCUUGGCACCGGGGUUCCGCCAGUCCAGGAACUCCCUUCUGCUCAAACUGAUCUCUCUGACCCGGGCAAGCCGAUUGGCAUGAUCGCCGGAUUGGCCGGAAUUGCAACCAACACUGAAAUCGUGAACACGCUUUUCCGAUCACUCAUCAAUGCACUCGCACCGGCCGUGGGUAAAAAGAAGUAUUGGCGCUUCAGUGUAGGCGAUGGCCUAUGCGACUGGGUCAAGGUCAACGGGGUCCAAAAGUGGCGGAUCACGAGCCCCAAAGUAGAGACGAAGGAGUACAUCGCCAUGGACGAUCCCACGAUGAAAGACAAAAUCAGAGACUUGGCUCAGGCAUACAUCAAUAGCCCCGAGGGCAAGGUCAUGGUUAAAGAGUGCGCAAACGCUCUAUCAAGUGUCAGUACGCCGUGGUAA